CCUGAUUAAUAGCCACUGCUGAGAAGUGAACUUAUUGUUGCUGUGGGUAGGGAAGGAGACGGUGUUAGAGGGUGAAUCACGAACGAAAAAUUGGGUUCUACAACAUGGGAGUGGAAGGUUUGAGUUAAGGACCGAAACGAAUCGGUGAACAUUUGUCUUCUCCGAUCGCUGCAGGAAUGGCGAGAGCUAACUAAGAUUGAGCCCCUGUCCUUGGAGUCUGACAUCUUCCUGUACAUGAGGGUCCAUGCCUCUGAAAAUUCCAGUGGCUCUCAGUAUGCCCUCACCGCCCUGGGGGUUGGCAUGCUUGCCUUGGGAAUCAUCAUGAUGGUCUGGAGUGUUGUGCCAGGAUUCGGGAAAGGCAACGCCACUUCGGGUGGGAACAGUAGCUCGCCAACUGCAGAAGAAUCGAAGACCAAAGUGUCACAAGUAUCUUACAUACUGUGCGCUGGAGGAGUGGUCCUGCUGCUGCUAUCGAUCUGUCUGAGUGUCCGUGAAAAGAGGAGGCGCAGGACACAGGAGGAAGCACCCAAUGCUCCGUGCGAGUCAACCAUGCUACCAGACAAUGCCCCAGACCUCAGCGAGCAGUUGGCGGUGCCAAGUUACGAUGAGGUCAUGCAAGGAGAAUCCUUCCAGCCAGGAGGAGAUGCUGAGGCCACUCUGGGGGACCAAACUAUGGCUGCCCUUCCCUCUUACGAGUCGCUGGUGGACGUUGGCGUCGUGUCGUCUGCGGCCGAGGAUCCAGGGCCGAGUGCCGCUGCACAGCCGGGGAACGGACAAGCGUCCGCCCGCCCAGGCCGGCGAUUCAGCUCAAAGAGGAUUCGCCGGAUUCUGUCGGACAAGUCGCACCUCAAGAAUUUCAGACUCCACUUGAGCAACCUAAGCAGCACAGUGGUCAACCUGGAGCCACUUACCCCUCCCCCACAGUAUGAAGAUGGAGUAGAGAAGAGCUUCGAGAACCUAAAGCCAUCUUGAGUUGGUGCCAACGUCAAAACAGCAGCCAACUGAAGGAGUUUACUUAUUAUCUGUGUGUGGCACCCAAGGAUCUAGUCUGAUCGAUCUGUGCAUGUUUUGUGAGAUGUGAACAUUUUCCCUAUUUACUUGGAUCCCUUAGGUCCUGGAAUUUACCUCCCUGCAGCGUAAGGUUCUCCCUUGAGUUUAUCCACCCAUUUCUUGCCAAUUCCAGCUCUGUUACAUUCCCACUGUCUCUCUCUCUCUGCUAGUUCCAUGCAGAUCUGAAGAGUCUGAAAUAAAUGGGUGGAUGAAUUAUCCCAAUGCUAACUUCCCUGUUUAUGUCCCACUGCCUUCAUGGACGGCAGGCCUGCCAUUAGUGGAGUGCAGUGUCGGGAAGAUGGAACAACCGAUGGUCCAGGAGAGAAACCUGAAGAUGUUUAAAGGCAUUCUGAAAGGUCACUUGCUAUUGCAGAGCCUUCAUCUCUAUCGGAGCUGAUACCAGGGAGGAGACUGCAGAAAGGGGCGUUAUGCCAUUGGCUGUGCUGGUUCCCUACAAGCACUCGGUCACUUGACAGGACACCAGAGAUUCUGGGGUUAAUUCUGUCCGUAUACUGGCUUCAAAUCCUGUUCGAAUCCAGUGACAAGGGUGAUCUAUUUGGUGGAAAUUCUACCUCUUCUUGCAAUGAGCUGAUCGUGCUUUGUACAAAGGAAUAAAUUUUUGAUCUGAGACUGGCAAUGUGCUCAACAGCUUCAGAAAGAGCAUUGUGCUCUUAAUCAAUAAAAUCCUAACAGAUGGCAACAACAGGCCCUGCACCAUAAACCUUUAUUUGAUGGAGAAGGUUCUUCAAAUUGAACGCCAUCACGUUCUUCGUGAGUUGGGAGAAAUCCAGACCAAUCUUUACAGGGACCACUGAACAUUCCUGCUGGCAAGACUGAAUGCCCCAAGGGGGCAUUGUGAGCCCCCUUUUUCUUUUAAAUUGAGAAGGUGCGGAAUCGUAUCUCCAUUCUCCCAAUCCACCUCUUGCUAAAUCCAGAUGGUCAUACCUCCUAUUUCAAACCUGCUGCUUCAGCAGUUCAUUUGACAAACAGACAUUUUCCUGAGAGGACUUUGCCUCUAUCCCUGACAAUUAAACUGUGUUUACAGCAUUGUGAUUUUUAAAGUUGAAUAAAGCUUGGCAAGGAGACUGAUGACUGAAUCGCCAUUUUGGCACUGAUGGGGAAUGGGUGUCUAGCAGGUUGCCUGUCGAUUUUAUUUUUUUUUUGCCUCAAUUCCUAACCCCUCCUUUCCAGCAGGAAACGACAGGGCAGGUGUAUAUCCCAAUCUCUUCUUUUCUUUUUCUUUUUUUUCUUUCUUUUUUUCAAUGCCCAUGCCAGUUAUUGGUCUUUCAAUCUUGUGAAACAUUUGUCAUUCCCAAUCACCCCCUGCCCCACACCCCCACCAACAUCUUCCCGCUCAGCUUUCAUUAAAUCUAGUAACAUGCACAAUGAUAAUAGUGAUGUAUGACUGUGUCCCUCAUUUUAAAAGGGUGACUUUCUCCCUCCAACACUAAUUAUUUCAUGGUAAUUCACUUCAUGGGGGAGGCCAAUAUGUGUUCCACUGUGCUUAACUUUUUGAAUACUUAUUUCUGGUCUGUCCUCCUUUUUUACCAAAAGAGGCACGUGACUGCUUUUACCCUACCAUUUCAAAUAAUUUAUUCACAAGUGGUUUUUGUGUGACUGUCUUCUCUCCUUAAUUGCAUGUAAUUCCCAUUUGACUCGGUUCUAAAGCACUUGACAUCACUGCAGCACACACAAAAGUGCUAUUCACCUCUUUGGCCCAGCUACAUGUAGCAGCUGAGUGUCCAUUUAAGUUUAAAACUCAUUAUUCCUCCUGCCUCCAACGUGCAAACACUACUUGUCAAAUUGAACCCACUCUUGUCUACUUCAUUCCCCCUCAUGUUAAACUGCUCUGUGAUCUCCAGAUUAAGUUUAAAAGAUGGAAUACAAUUCUGGAAUCUUGGCGUGAAAGCUUUACAACUCACGUGGUUACAAUUUAUUAAAAGUUUCUCCUUUUUUUUUUCCCCUCCGCACCAUUGUCCAUAAUUCUGCCUGUUCACUCCUGUGUUUUGUUUUUAAGUAACUGCACUUGGGAAAAAUGAUGUUUCUUUUUAAUUCUCUUUAUUCACUUAUUAAAACGGUAUGAAAAUUAGGCUGUGGUGUUUUGAAUUUUGUCGUCCAGUGUGUUGAUUUUAAACUUUCCAAAGAACAAACAGGCAGCAAGAGGAUGGUCCACUUCAUUGAAUGGGGAGAGGCUUAGCAUUUAUCACAAAGGUUUAAAUGCUGGGAAGGGCUGGGAGCUGAGGUGGUUGAACCUGGAAUUGUUCCCUAGGUGUUUUGGAAUUUGAGUUAAAACUUAUUGAUUAUAAUCUCUGAGCCAACUGAAGGCAGUUUCUCAGAUAUUUGAUGCUUCAGGCAACUUGUAUGAAUUCUUAUUUAUUAAUUGCAGUGCAUUGUGAACUAACUGGACUUUGGUACAAACAUUUCAAAUUUUAUUUGCAUUUUUUAAUGUUCUGGUAUCUUUCUGGGAAUUGGCUGAUUUUGGGAUUCUGCUUGGGAAGUGAAUUGGGAAUCCAAGUGUUAGGUAGUAGGUUUUUGGGCUGAAGUGUCUUGACAGAAAAAUCUUGCUUGACCUGCAGGACAGUUUUUCUUUGUCUUGAUCUCAAAACAAAGCAGGUUCCCCCUCCUUGGGUGAGAUCAGCUGGCAAAUAUCACUGCUGCAGUUCUUUUUAUCAAUGCAGGAUGUCCACUGCUCUAAGGUGGAAGAAGCGGGGAGAACAUUUUUAAAGUUUUUGGAUCCACUCCUAAUUUAAUGUUUUUUGUGCACGUUUCAAUUGGGCAAAAUCAACAUUCUUUUUGUGAAUGGAAACAGUGCCCCAUUCUCUGAGUCUAAGUGUGAAUUUGUUGCACAUGUCUACUAUGUAAAUCUGCCUAGUUUCUCUUCCAAAGUGAGCUGCAUCUGCAACCUCAGUGUAUUCACUUCUCUCUCCCUUUCUCCCUCUCAGCCACCUAAACCAGUACUUUGUUUCUCACCAAUAAUCCUUUUAAAUUCCAACAAUACUGUCUAAUUGUGCGGGAGCUAUUGAAUUGUAAAGCCAGACUCUGCUCAAUUUAUUGAUGGUGGUUCCAUUUUUGGAUUCCUGUUUUUGUACCAAACUCAAGCCAGGAUGAACAAUGUGUUUCAUUUUUAAAUAACUGCACUUGGGAGAAAUGAUGUUUCUUUUUAAUUCUCUUUAUAUUUAUUCACUUAUUAAAAUGGUAUGAAAAUUAG